AUGUCGAGACCCCAAGCCACCGUCAUCUCCGUCACUGGCGACAAGACCCUGACCCAAGUGCCCGUCCCCGCUGUGUUCAGCGCUCCCAUCAGAGCCGACGUGGUCCACUCGGUGUUCACCCGCAUCAACAAGAACAAGCGUCAAGCUUACGCCGUCAACGUCAUGGCUGGUAAGCAAGGCUCGUCGGAGUCGUGGGGUACCGGUAGAGCCGUCGCCCGUCUUCCCAGAAUCGGCGGUGGUGGUACCCACGCCUCGGGCUCGGGUGCCCGUGCUAACAUGGCCCGUGGCGGUAACAUGUUCGCCCCCACCAAGAUCUGGAGACGCUGGCACGUGCGCGUCAACCACAACGAGAAGCGCUACGCCACCGCCUCGGCCAUCGCCGCCUCCGGUGUCACCUCGUUGGUCCAGGCCAGAGGCCACAGAGUCGAACAAGUGCAAGAAUUGCCCUUGAUCGUCGCCAACGACUUUGAGUCGGUCAAGAAGACCAAGGAAGCCGUCGCCGUGCUCAAGGCCGUCGGUGCCGGGUCGGACAUCCUCAAGGUGGUCAAGCUGAAGAAGUUGAGAGCCGGUAAGGGUAAGAUGAGAGGCAGAAGAACCACUCAACGCAGAGGUCCCUUGGUGGUCUACGCCCAAGACAACGGUAUUGUCAAGGCUUUGCGCAACGUCCCCGGUGUUGAAACCGCCCCCGUCACCGCUUUGGGCUUGUUGCAAUUGGCCCCUGGUGCCCACUUGGGGAGAUUCGUCAUCUGGACCCAGGCCGCCUUCGAAGCCUUGGACACCGUCUACGGCUCGGAAUCGACCCAGUCGGCCAAGGCCAACUACUCGUUGCCCCUGAACAUCAUCACCAACACCGACAUCACCAGAAUCAUCAACUCGUCGGAAAUCCAAGCCGUGGUGAGACCCGCCGGCCAACCCACUCAAAAGAGAACUCACGUGCAAAAGAAGAACCCCUUGAAGAACAAGCAGGUUAUGUUGAGACUCAACCCUUACGCCAAGGUCUACGCCGCCGAGCAAUCGAAGAAGGCUAAGUUGCCCAAGGCCAAGAACGCCAAGUCCGCCUCGGAAGCGUUCACCGCCACUUUCAGAGAAUAG